AUGGUCAACCGCAUUUUGCUUGUCACUUGCGCAGCGGGCCUUAGCCUAGCUUCAAAAGUCAUAAAUCGCCAAUCUCAAACGGCUACUGUAAAUCUGAGUCAAAUGCAAGGAGCACCACAACAUUUUGCGUCCGGUUUCCUUUACGGCAUUCCGGAUACUGCAAAUCAAAUUCCUGCCCAUUUUUAUAGCGAAAUUGCAUUCAAUUAUGGAAGGGCUGGGGGCGCUCAGCUCCCGGCUAAAGGAUAUAUGGAUGGCUUAGAGGAGUAUAAGCCUCGCUUUGCGUCGAUGUUAUCGAAUUAUCGCACUUGUCGCCAAUUCGGUGCCGAGUUCAUUAUCCUCCUCCAUGAUUUAUGGGGAGCCGAUGGAUCAGAAUCUCAGUCUGACCUCUUCCCCGGGGACAAUGGGGAUUGGAGUACUUGGGACAGCUUUCUCAACCAGGUUGUCUCUGAUAUGCGAGCCAAUAACAUGACGACUGCCGUUAAGGUGGACAUCUGGAAUGAGGCAGAUGGUGGCGGCUUUUGGCUCCGAGACCGAAGCCAGUUCAUGGACAUGUAUGCCCGGACACAUAAUUUGCUACGGAGUAUUUUUCCUGAGGCGCAGAUAUUCGGACCUACGUUUACAGGACAGCCAGAUCCAAAUAACGUCUGGUGGACAGAUUGGCUAAGCAUGAUUGCAUCAAAGAAUGUGAUACCUGAUGUGUAUUGCUGGCAUUUGAUCCGCCAACCAGGAGGAUCUGGUGGCGACGAUAUCACGUACUCAAGAGGCGUCUUUGAGCAGAUGCUGCAACAGUUUGGUCUUCCAUCACGAACAAUUAAUAUAGAUGAAUACGGUUCUCCCGAAGAGCAGGUCCCGGCUAGUUCGGCUUGGUUCAUGGCCCGUUUUGAGCGCAACAACAUUCACGGCCUCCGAUCCGUCUGGACAGGUGGUCCGUCAUUACACGAUUUUAUGACUGAUCUAUUGGGUAGGACGGGUGGUGGUGUUUAUUUUCCAGCUGGGGAAUGGCAAGUGUAUAGAUAUUACGGUACUAACAUGACCGGCAAUCGGGUGGCGACGACUUCAUCUGCCGACGGAUUCUUUGAUGUAUACGCGACUGCAAGCGACCGAGUGAGAAUUCUCGGCUCAGCUCAUACAAAAACCGGAUCUUAUACCAUUAAUGUCGACGGAAUGGCCGACUUUGGUUUUAAUACCCAAGGGACAGUCAACGUCCAAGCGCGAGAAUUUCCCUUUGCGGGUCUUCGCGGAGAAGUAGAUGGACCAAUCGAUCAUGGCAUCACCGCAAUAUCUUUUCAAAAUAACCGUUUGGUAAUACCGGCUACAAUUUCAGUAAAUACUAGUGCCUAUGCGUGGGAGGUGUUUCGCAUCUAA